GAGCGCUUAGUAUUGAUUAAUACUAUACCCAAUGAGUGCAUUAAAAACAGGAGAGAGAGAGAGAGAGUGCAUACAUAUUAUUACAUACUAUAUAGCGCUGCUGUCUCUCCCAACCAACACAAGAGCCAGCACUGUGUCAACAAAGAUGGACUCAACAAAAAUAAGCAAGUCUGGCUCUAAGGUGACACAGGUAAUUGCCACACCUGGCCAGGGACCAGAUCGGCCACAGGAAGUAAGCUAUACGGAUGCCAAAGUGAUUGGUAACGGUUCGUUCGGUGUUGUCUACCAGGCCCGKCURGURGAYACCAACGAAAUGGUUGCCAUCAAACGUGUCCUCCAAGACAAACGUUUCAAAAAUCGGGAACUACAGAUUAUGCGCCGACUGGAUCACUGCAAUAUUGUCCGUUUGAAAUAYUUUUUCUAUACGUCGGGCGAAAAAAAAGAUGAAGUCUACCUGAAUCUGGUACUGGAGUUCAUACCCGAAACUGUCUAUCGGGUUGCCCGACACUAUUCAAAAUCCAAGCAAACAAUACCCAUAUCAUUAAUCAAGUUAUAUAUGUAUCAACUGUUCCGGUCAUUAGCUUAUAUUCAUUCGCUGGGUAUCUGUCAUCGGGAUAUUAAGCCACAGAAUCUAUUGCUUGAUCCCAAUAGCGGUGUACUCAAGCUGUGCGACUUCGGAAGUGCAAAACAUUUGGUCAGAGGAGAGCCGAACGUWUCGUACAUAUGUUCCCGAUAUUAUAGGGCACCGGAGCUGAUAUUCGGUGCCACCGACUAUACGACAAUGAUUGACGUCUGGUCAGCCGGCUGUGUAUUAGCCGAACURUUGCUCGGUCAGCCGAUAUUUCCGGGCGAUUCGGGUGUCGAUCAGUUGGUCGAGAUUAUCAAAGUGUUGGGCACACCGACCAAAGAGCAGAUACGCGAAAUGAAUCGCAACUAUACAGAGUUUAAGUUUCCCCAAAUCAAAGCCCAUCCCUGGCAAAAGGUUUUCCGUACGCGGACACCGCCCGAAGCUAUUGAACUGGUAUCGCGGCUGCUUGAAUAACCAUCGUCGAGGAUAACGCCACUGCAGGCCUGUGCYCAUCCGUUUUUCAAUGAACUACGCGAACCGGGCACUCGGCUACCGAUUAACAAAGACCUGCCGCCACUGUUCAACUUUACCGAACACGAACUGAAAAUACAGCCCUCACUGGAGGGCAUAUUAAUACCGCAGCACGUACGGUCGGGCGGCGKCGGCGGUCAAUCGAUUGGCGGUAAUAGUGCCAGCGGUGGAGUAGGACAAUCGACGUCGACAGCUGGUCCAAGUAUGUCGUGCUCUAUGACGGCCGCACAAGUGGCAGGCGGUGCCAGUGAUCUCCAACAAGCAGUCUCCGGRUCGUCSGUAUCGGCCGCUGUUAUCACMGGCGGCGGCGGUGGUGGUGUCGGUGGCGAUCUGUUAGUCGACACACAGCAGAGUAGUAGUAGUAGCGGUACCGGUGCCACUAUUGUGGCCGCCCAGACAUCACAACAAUGAUUAGUAAUCUAUUAGUUGUUUUUAUUGUUUUGUUUCUCGUUUUUUUUUGUGUCAUACAAUUCACCCGUAAUUUGAAUGACAAGAUUUAAAUAUA